CCACAUUAGCCUUAUGCAUGGUAUCAGAAACCCUGAUUUGAGCCAGACGUCCAAAGUCAGACCUCCGGGUGGACAUUCCCCUCAGGUGAACCAUCUGAAGAGACGGGUCAGCGGGGCAGCGGAUGCUCCAGGCACCGGGAACGGCGCGACCGUCUCCUCCGUCAAGAGGCACAAGUCCCUUUUCCAGUGCGCGAAAUGCAGCUUUGCCACAGACUCAGGGCUCGAGUUCCAGAGCCACAUACCUCAGCACCAGGCGGACAGCUCCACGGCCCAGUGUCUCCUCUGUGGCCUGUGCUACACCUCAGCCGGCUCCCUCAGCCGUCACCUUUUCAUUGUGCACAAGAAGCACCUUCUGCUCCAUCAUUGCUCAGCUAACAGAGGAGACCCAGCCAGUAUUCGAGACCACACUCAAGUCCCAGGCUGUGUCCGAGGACAGCGACGUCAAGUUCACCUGUAUCAUCACAGGAUACCCAGAGCCAGAGGUGACCUGGUACAAGGAUGACACGGAGCUGGACCGCUACUGUGGCUUGCCAAAAUAUGAGAUCACACACCAGGGCAAUCGCCACACACUGCAGCUCUACAGGUGUCAAGAAGAAGAUGCUGCCAUCUACCAGGCCUCUGCCCGGAACACCAAGGGCAUCGUGUCCUGCUCAGGGGUUCUAGAGGUGGGCACCAUGACUGAGUACAAGAUCCACCAGCGCUGGUUCGCCAAGCUGAAGAGCAAGGCUGCGGCAAAGAUGCGUGAGAUUGAGCAGAGCUGGAAGCACGGGAAGGAGGUGGCGGGAGAGACCGACACCUUGCGCAAGCUCAGCCCUGACCGCUUCCAGAGAAAGAGGCGGCUGAGUGGGGCUGAGCUGCCAGUCCCCUCGGCCCCCACCAGGGAGGCUGAGGACAGGACCUCAGCAGCUUGGCAGGAGGGGAAGACUGAGCCUGGUCAGCACCCAGGUUUGAGCCUGAUCGACAGUUUUGCCCCUGGAGAGGUGACCGCCAACGGGGAUGCUGCCCCUGAGAGUGGGGAGGACAGAGACCGUGGCCUGUUAAUACACAUCCGUGAGGCCAUGGAGCUGGAGCCUCAGAGAGCCCCCCAAAAGGAGUCUGGGGCCAAGAAGAAAAAGAAAGACGAACCUAAGCCAGGCCUGCGGAAGCCAGAGUCAGAGAAGGCAGCUCGAGGCCACUGUUCUGAAAACUGUGUCCCCAGUUCAGACAAGCCUGACUCCUGUGGGACACAGGGGCCCAUGGAUGCAGAGAAAAUUCAGACCUGGCCCAGAGGCAGGGCUGCGCAGGGGCCUGGGCCCACAGGAGUAGACAGCACCAGGAAACCAGCCUCAGCCGUGGGCUCUCCAGACCAGGCCCAGAGUGCCCCAGCCCCUGUCCCAGCCCCAGACCAGGAAGUGUAUUUCUCCCUGAAGGACAUGUAUCUGGAGAGCACCCGGGCAGUUGGGCCUUGGGGGGAUGAGGGGUGCCACACACAAAGUGGCAGAGAACCUGGAGAGAGGCCCUCAGGGAAGGGGCCCAGCGAGGGGAAAGGUGAGAAGGGGCCUGUUGCCCCUGGCCAGCCCAUGCCCUCAGCCCCCCAGCCAACUAGGCCUUUCAACAGGAAGAGAUUUGCCCCUCCGAAGCCCAAAGAAGAGCCCACCACGAACAGCAAGCCCGAUUCUUCCCUGAGCCAGACUCCAGAACCCGGAGCCCAGAGCUUAGGAAAGGCUCCACCCCAGGCUUCUGCCCAGGUGCCUACACCCCCUGCCCGGCAGAGACACAGCACACGGGACAGCCCCUUGCAGGGGCCAGCAGGCCAUAGGACUCCAGGGGAGGUAAGUGGGUGCUGGGUGACCGUGGCUCCCACUGUACCGGCCAGGAGCACUGGUGGCAGCACACCCAGGAGGCAGGGCAUCACCGAGCCCAUGGAUACAGAAACCCAGGAGAGCCGAACAUAUGCGGAUCAGAGACAGGGAGCCGAGAAGAACACGGAGGCAGAGGGGAAGAUGCAGGUGGAUGGGAGCACACAGGCAGACAGGAAGACACCGGUGGGCACCGUGACUCAAGGAAGUGAGGGGACAGAGUCAGGCAGGGAUUCCCAGGAGGAUGUGGUAGCCCAGGGAAGGGCAGGGACACAGGUGGAAAGGACACAGGAAGUCAGAAAGACACAGGCAGGUGAGAAGAUACAAGAAGACAGAAGGACACAGGAUGACAGGGGGACACAACCAGAGGGGAGUGUGCCCAUAACCAUUAGAGUUCAGUCAGAGAAGUCAGCGACCAACCUCGGCCCACAGUCCAGAGCCCCUGAAUGCUCACCUGCAGAGGGGCCCAGGACUCCUCAGAUUAUUGAAUGUUUUAAGCAGACCCCAGAAAGGCCCUCUGUCCCACAAAGACCUCGUUUCAUGCUCAGACCUGAGGAGGCAGCAGAAGCAGCCUCUGGUAACCAAGAGGAAACUGUGUUGGGCCCCCUGUCAGGAGGCCUCACACUCCCAGUACUGCUUCCCAAGGGUAGUCUGGAGCCGCUGGGAAGAGAGAGAUGUUGGGUGGCAGGGCAGUCAGGCCCGGUCAAGGACAAACCAGAGGAUAGCCUGUUCCAGUGCCCCAAGGAAGAGCAACUGUCUGUGGAUCUGGGAGGCUGUCCUCCCACCGGCCUGAGCCCGGAGGUGCCUACUCUGCCGCCUGGCACCAGCCUGACUGAGAGCUCACAGCAGGGGGUGCAGGCCUUGCCAAGUUCUGUAUCCCCGCUGCACCUGGGGCUGGGUACUCCCACCCAGAGUCACCCACCAGAAACCGUGGCAGCCAGCAAUGAGGGGGCCUGCGCCAAGAUGUCAGAUGUGGAAGGGAGGCCCUCAGGCACCGGGAGCUGCGACCCUGGCCUCAUAGAUUCCCUGAAGAAUUACUUGCUUCUGCUGCUGAAGCUCUCCAGCACAGAGACGGGCGGGGGCGGCACGAAGUCCCAGGGGCGAGCUGCACCCAGGGUUCAGACGCCAUCACCCUCACUGGCCCCCACUGUGGAAGUGGCUGGUCUGAGUCCACAGACAUCACGGCGCAUCCUGGAGCAUGUGGAGAAUGACCACCUGGUGCAGAGCGCGCAGACGCUGCUGCUCAGCCCCUGUACCUCCCGCCGCAUCACUGGCCUCCUGGACCGUGAGGUGCAGGCUGGCCAGCAGGCCCUGGCUGCUGCCCAGAGCCCUGGCCCCAGCCUCCUCACUGUCCCUGCCAUCGUGGUGGGCGAGGAGGAGGGCCCUGGACCGACCUCAGAAGGAUCCAGUAAGGGUGAGGAAGAGGUUCCCCUUGAGAGGCCUGGCCUUCUGGGAACCUCCCAGGAGAGUAGCGUGGGGGGUCUACUGGGGGAGGCAGGUGGGCAGGCAGCCUCUGUUCAGGGACCUCUCUCAGCAGAGGGCAGAGCCCAGGAACCCUGCCAAGAGGAGGAGUUCCCACAGGAGGUGCCCACAAGUCUCCCCGCAGCCACCCCUGAGGAACUGGCUCUGGGGGCCCGGAGGAAGAGAUUUCUCCCAAAGCUCAGAGCAGCAGGGGAUGGGGAGGCAACCAAGCCUGAAGAGAGGGAGAGCCCCACGGUUUCCCCCCGGGGACCCAGAAAGGGCCUUUCACCUGGGUCCCCGGGGACUCCUGGGCGGGAGAAACGUUCUCCUACCCAGGGCCGAAAGGCAGGCCUGCUGGAGGUACCACGGGCAGAGGAAGAGCAAGCAGCAGGAGACCUGGGCUCCAGCCCCAAGGCCAGUGUGCCAGAUGCAGAGCUGGCCCUGGAUGAAGGCAAGCAGGAAACUCCAGCCAAGCCGAGGAAAGCCAAAGACCUACUAAAAGCCCCACAGGUGAUUCGCAAGAUUCGGGUGGAGCAGUUUCCUGAUGCCUCGGGCAGCCUGAAGCUCUGGUGCCAGUUUUUCAACAUUCUUAGUGACUCAGUCUUGACAUGGGCCAAGGAUCAGCGCCCAGUGGGCGAGGUGGGCAGGAGUGCGGGGGAUGAAGGGCCAGCGGCCUUGGCCAUCGUGCAGGCGUCCCCCGUAGACUGUGGCAUGUACCGAUGCACCCUCCGCAACGAGCACGGCUCGGCCUCCACUGACUUCUGCCUCAGCCCCGAGGUGUUGUCAGGAUUCAUCUCCAGAGAAGAAGGUGAAGUUGGAGAAGAGAUAGAGAUGACUCCCAUGGUAUUUGCUAAGGGUCUGGCUGACUCUGGCUGCUGGGGGGACAAGCUCUUUGGGCGCCUGGUGAGUGAGGAGCUACGAGGGGGUGGACACAGGUACAGCCUUCGGAAGGCCUCCCAAGCCAAGGUCAUCUACGGGCUGGAGCCUAUCUUCGAGUCGGGCCGUACCUGUGUCAUCAAGGUGUCCAGCCUGCUGGUGUUUGGGCCCAGCAGUGAGACUUCCCUUCUGGGCAGAAACUACGAUGUCACCAUUCAGGGGUGCAAAAUCCAGAACAUGAGCCGGGAGUACUGCAAAAUCUUUGCUGCUGAAGCCCGGGCUGCGCCUGGCUUUGGGGAGGUGCCUGAGAUCAUCCCACUGUAUCUGAUCUACCGGCCUGCAAACAAUAUCCCAUAUGCCACGCUGGAGGAGGACCUGGGCAAGCCCCUGGAGCCGUACUGUUCCCGAGAGUGGGACUCUGCUGCAGGGCCUACGUUGGCCAGCUCAGAGGCCGUGCAGAAGUGCCAGACCUUCCAGCACUGGCUGUAUCUGUGGACGAAUGGCAGCUUCCUGGUCACAGACCUGACAGGGGUUGACUGGAAGAUGACCGAUGUACAGAUUGCCACCAAGCUGCGAGGAUACCAAGGCCUCAAGGAGAGCUGUUUCCCUGCCCUGCUGGACCAGUUUGCUUCCUCCCACCAGUGCAACACCUUCUGUGAGAUGCUGGGGCUGAAACCCCUCAAGGGCCCUGAGGCUGCCCACUCCCAAGCCAAGGCCAAAGGCUCCAAGAGUCCAUCUGCCGGCAGGAAGGGCCCCCAACUGAGUCCUCAGCCCCAGAAGAAAGGCCUCCCCAGUCCCCAGGGCAUCCGGAAGAGUACCCCAAGCUCUAAAGCCACUCCUCAGGCCUCAGGGGCAGUUGCCACCCAGUUAUUGGGACAGCCUCCCAUCCAAGAGGGGGGUUCCAAAGCCCAGGGCACGCGGUAGCCCCUACAGGAGGCUGGGGGCUUCCACCCAGCAGCAGACCAACAAGGAAGCAGCUCGAACCGACGGAGACUUUCCCCAUACAGACUAACCGGAGAAGGCGCACUGAGCAGGCACCACUUGGGGGCCUCUCUACACAGCCUUCUCUCAGCUCCUCAUCAGAAGGCUUUGGUGCAUGGCACACAACCCAGUGGCCUCUCCUGGUGCCAUGUCACCAGGGCCCACAGGCCCCACCUCCAAGUGCCCCAGGGGCUGAGGCCCUCCUUGAAGUUUACACUGGCCACUGCUGGAGGCUCCCUGAGUCCUCUGCAUGAGUCCUGCACCCUGACCCUUGCCCCAGCCAGGCCCUGCCGUGAGCAGUGUCCCCGGGCAUGCAGCCCAGCACUAACCCUCUGCCCUUGCUCAGCCUUAUCGCUGCCUGACCUCAGGGCUCCAAGCUUCCCCUGCUAUGUGAUUCUCAGGGUCUCUCCUCCUUCAGGCUACUCUGCCUCAUUCAUCCAGCUCACCCUGCAUCUCACCUGUCCCGAGCCCCAUGGGCCGGUCAGUCCUUGGGCCGUGGUCUUUGUGACGUGUUCUUGCUUUUCCCUGUGACUCAGGCACUCACUUGCCUGCUUCCGUGCUUUCCUGCACCCCAUCCACACCCCUGCCUUCCAGCCCAGUUGCAGCCUGCUGCCUGCCCUGCACUGACUCUGCUUGUCCUCUUGCCUGAUGGCUUUUCUAGCCUGACCCCACCAACCUACCCACCAGGACCCAGACCCUCUGGCCUCUAGUCCACUCCAGUCCACUCUUCCUCUGACCAUGAGGUGAGGGUUGUGUCAGCAGCUGUUGCCAGAGGGAAAGUGUGGACUCUGAGGGACCUCAUGCCUCCAUACUGAAGGGAGGGGGGUCAUGUGAAUUUCAUGUACCCUCCUGGCCAGGACGGAGGACUGGGACUCUUCUCCACAGGGAAAUGGCAUGGGCGUUCUAAGAACAAUGUAAACAUCUACCCGCUGGGAUGCAGGGUAUCUCUGUACCUGGGACUUAGGACACCUGCCCAACCAUUAGCUCUGGAUCCUGAAGCUCCAGCCCUGGGACCUCAUAUAUGGGCUCCCAGGGAAUUGCCAUGUCCUUCCUGAGAGCCAGCCUGGAGGCCUGGGUGGGGUGGGUCUGGAGCUAGCCUCUCCCUGUGGAAUGCAAUAAAGGCAGCAACUGUGUUUCCUGCUCACCCUCAUCUGGUGUGUUGUAGGUGUAUGGGCUCAGGGUCCUUUCCCCAGGCAGAUUCUCCAAGGGCCACCUACGGUCAGUCCCUGGGCCCACUGGGAAAAUGAAUACAUGUUUUGGCUCAUAGAUUGACAUUUAGUCUGAGCCUUCUGUGGCCACAGCUGGACAGUCUGUGCUGCUUGUGCAAGUGGGCUGAUGGCUUGUGCCCCUUAGCAGGGUGUCUGUGGACCUGGGGCCAGAUUGGAAUUGUUCCUUCA